UCUUUCUCGCUCUUUCUCAGAGGGUCCAUACAUAUGGAGAGAAAGGGAAGGGCACCGUGUAAUGACAAAGCGGGGUUGAAGAAAGGAAGAUGGACAGCUGAAGAAGACGAUAUCUUGACAAAGUACAUUCAAACCAAUGGUGAAGGUUCUUGGAGGACUUUGCCCGAGGAUGCCGGUUUGUCAAGGUGCGGAAAGAGCUGCAGACUCAGGUGGAUAAAUUAUCUGAGACCAAACUUGAAGAGAGGGAACAUCACGCCUGCUGAGGAAGAAACCAUUGUUAAGUUGCAUAAUGCUUUGGGAAAUAGAUGGUCUUUGAUAGCUGGGCAUUUACCGGGACGAACAGAUAAUGAGAUAAAGAACUACUGGAACGCUCACUUAAGCAGAAAGCUAUACAGAUUCACCAGGACCAAAAAUGAAUCCCUGUCCACAAUUCUCAAUCUGGCUGCUGCAUGCAAGCCAAGAGGGGGAAGAUCAUGUCCAACUACAAGACCACAUAAGAAAAAGCUCAAGAACACAUCCUCAAAUACAGUUGGAAUAUCACUAGCAAAGCCUGCUCAGAGUGGUCCCACAAGUACUAUGUUGCUUGAAUAUCCAACCACCAAAGAAAAAGCAGAUGAUCUACCUGGUACCAUUUUGGAACAAGUUGAAAAGAACCCAACAAUGGGCAUGGGUUCAUGGGGCCUAGAACAGAAAUGGGUGGUCGGAAGAAACCUUGGCAUUCAUGGUCCUUGCCAGGACAACACGGCAAGGAUAUUAAGCCAAUGUGGUGGCAGUAAAAGAGCAGAGUUAAGCCCUAAUAUCGAGAGUGAUAACAGUGCAGUUGUGCUGCGUCCCUUUCAGACCCAGAACGGAGAAAUGAUUGGAGCCGUAUGA